UAUCAACAGUAUCGCAACAUCCCUAAUCAAGAAUAAGUAGGUUUUUGCUAUAUAUGUACUUGAGUUUUGCUAGCAAUUGCACAAAUUAAACCGCUCUUUACGCACUGCAAUGGAUUUAUUUUCUAUCAACGCAUAGAUCAAAAACAUGCAAGUAAACGAAAACAAUUAAAAUGUGUUGAAACAAUUUCUGUGUUCCGAUCUGCUAAAUAAAUUUGGAACCCUGGCGAUUUGGCUGUGGGUCUGGAAACUCCCGCUGGUAUUUUCCAUUCAUCCGUCUAUUUCCUUAUUUUAUUGUGAAGCGAAUUAAUGCAAUAAUUUAGAAAUCCACGUACUUCUGCAAACAUGGAAUUGGACGUAGUUGCUGACGUUGUGUUUGUUAUCGAAGCCACCGCUGUGAACGGUGCGUACAUGAACGAGCUAAAGAGCAAUUACAUUGUGCCCACUAUUGAACAUUUCACGAAAGGCUGGCAAGUGGACGAUGGUGAAUAUCUCAUCUCCGAGAGACAUGCUACCCAAUAUGGUAUAGUGAUUUACCGCACUGCAGCGAGUUUAUUAGAUCCAGCUGUGUCCACAUAUGGGCCGUUUGUAUGGCCCAAACAGGUAUUGGAUACUAUUGAGCAGCUACCACUGGUUGGGGGCGGUAUGGAUUCAUGUGCAAAUAUGAGUGAAGGGCUAGCUACGGCUCACUGCUGCUUCGAAGAUAUGAAGGAGCGGCGUUCGCGAUUGAUGAUCGAUGCUUUGAAUGUGCAACGUCAUUGCAUACUGAUUUGCAACAGCCCUCCAUAUUCCACACCCGUAAUGGAAUGUUGGAAACACAUGGGCAAAACUGUAGAACAACUGGCUGCUUUGUUUCAUGAGCGAAAAAUUAAUUUCUCUAUUAUAGCGCCACGUAAAAUGCCCGUGUUGUUCAAGUUAUUUAUGAAGGCAGAUGGCGAUCAGCCGGUAGCAGCUAAAAAUUACGCCAAAAAUAUCAGGCAUUUAGUGCUUCUAAAAGGCUAUCAUUUGAAGGAGCGUCCACCAAGCCCGAAUGCGAACACAGUGAAUAUUGGAGGAGGCGGAGUUAUGCCUAAUCAAAUGAUUGGACCUGUUGGCGCUGGUGGAAAUCCGCAGCUGCAACAACAACAGCAGCAACAAGGUGGACCCAUGCAAAUCGAUAACCAGCAAGGUUCUGGUCAGGUAACGCAAGGUCCACCACAUUCGGUUGGUGGCAUGAAUCCAGGCCAACAGCAACAACCUCAACAAGGUCCUAGUGGACCACCAGGUUUAACACCACAACAGCUAAUGCAACAGCAGCAGCAGCAACAACAGCAACAACAGCAGCAACAACAACAGUUUGUUAACCAAAAUCCCAAUCAAAAUCCGAACUUCCAGCCAAAUGUUAAUAUCAAUCCCCAAAAUCGGUGGUUAUUCCAAGCAAACCAACAGCAACAACCAGGUCAGCCACGCCCACCAUUCAUGGGUGGAUCGGGGGGUUUACCGCCAGGUAUGGGACCCGGUGGGCCCAUGGGUGGCCCUCAACAAGGUCCAAUGGGUGGGCCUGGCCAAAAUCCGAAUUCGGCACUCAUUUCACAGUUAAGUGCUCCGCCAAAUCAGACAGUUAAUCCGUUAUUGGCACAACAACAACAGCAAAUGCGCAUUCAAAUGAUCAAUCAGCAUCAACAACAACAGUUGCAACAAAUGCAACAGCAGCAGUUGCAGCAGCAGCAACAACAACAGCAAAACCAAGCCCAGCAGCAACAACAGCAGCAACAACAGCAGCAGCAGCAGCAGCAACAAGCUAUGGGUAAUGUUGGCGGAGGUCAGGGACCUAACCAAAACCCACCUGGCGCAGGCCCAGGUCCCGCUAACAUGCAACAGCAAGGCCCAUCCACAUCGCAAAACUCCGGUGGUAAUGAUCCUUCUCAGCAUCCCAGAGAUCGUGAGAAGAUUUGGUCUGGCGUACUUGAGUGGAAUGAGAAAACCAAACCAGAUCAACAAAAGGUGACACGUACGCUGCAAUGCAGCGUAGCUACAAAUAUAAAAGAUGGCGAAGCAGAGAUCAAGGCGGAAAAUUGGCCACCGAAAUUGCUUAUGCAGCUUAUGCCCAAACAUCUUGUUGGAAAUAUUGGCGGGCAGUUCCUAAAGGAAUCUAAAAUGGUGGUUUUUAGACCAACGCCCUGUGAGGCGCUUGAUACACUUUCGAAAGUAAUGGCGACUGGUUUCGCUGGAUGUGUACACUUUACCAAUCCCAAUGGACCGGCUUGUGAUAUCAAGGUUCUAAUUCUACUAUACACCCAAGAGAAGAAUGCUUUUCUCGGUUUUAUACCCAACAAUCAGACUAUGUUUGUAGAGCGACUAAGAAAGGUAAUACAACAAAAGCAAAUGGGCCAUGGCCAACAACAGCAACAGCAGCAGCAACAACAACAGCAGCAGCAUCAACAGCAGCAACAACAACAGCACCAACAACAGCAAAUGCAAAAUGCCAUGAAUCAAAUGCAAAAUACUUUGCCUCAGAGUGUGAUGGCGCAGCAGCAACAGCAGCAGAAACCUACACCCAUGGAUGUGCAACAUCAAAUGGAACAGCAGCAGCAGCAGCAACAGCAACAACAGCAGCAAAAUUACAAUCAAUAUGCCCAACAAAUGAAUAUGCAAAUGGGUGGCCCCGUCGGUGGACCAGGUGGUCCCAUAAGCCAGGGUGGGGGCCCACCACCUGGUGUCAUCGGCAUGCAGCUCGCUGAUCAGAUGGGUGGGGGCGGUCCAAUGCAACAUCAGCAGCAAAUGACUUUGUUGCAGCAGCAACAACAACAGCAACAGCAGCAGCAGCAACAGCAACGCAUGCCAAUGAUGGGUGGGCCAAACGCGCAGAUGCAGCAAGUCUCACCACACGCUGCCGCCGCUGCUGCAGCGGCUGCUGCGGCCAUGCAACAACAGCAGCAGCAACAGCAGCAACAACGUAUGGUGCGGCCAAUGAUGAGCAAUAAUCCAGGCUUGCGGUUGCUCCUGCAACAACAGUCUGCGCCUGCGAAUCAAUUUCGGCCACAAAUGGGCGGUGGUGGGGGGCCAGGCGGGCCAGGUGGGCCGGUCGGAGGGCAAAUGGGAGGCGGUCCACCAAAUCAGAUGGGGGGCGGCGGCCCCGGUGGAGGUGUGCCAAUGGGCGCCAACCGCCCAUAUGAUGAAAGCAAUUUUGAUUUUAUGUAAGUUGACGAGAAAGUUUCGAUAAAAAUGUAUGUCUUUUUGUUUACGUAUAUGUCGAUGUUAAUGUGCUGUAAGCGGCGGCUUCUACAUUUUAAUAGUUGCUUAAAAAUUGAAAAUUUUUUGCAUUUUAUUUAAUUAAAACCUAAAGCAAAGUAGGAACAAUGUUACUAAGUA